UCGUACCUGAUGGUUCUGAUUCAGGACCUGGUGUGAACCUUUGUUUUCCACGGCUCUCCCACCGUCUGCGUGCUGUUGUUGACAGUCGACUGUAACGGACGUGUGGCAAAGCCAAUCAAAUGCCACUACCAUGUCGCUGCGGUAUCGGCGUCCAAUCACGUUGGAGCUGGGGCGGCGUUAAGCUUUAGGGAGGGAGCAGGGACACGGACACCGCUGCUCUGUCAGCUGCGCCUUCUAUCAGUGUUGUUAUCCCGCGGUCAGAGAAGGUAGACCCCGCUGUGACUGUGGUUCAGUGUCGCGGAGAACAAUGUUGAAAUCACGGAGUGAGCUUCGUGAAGGAACCCGUGGGGAUUCGGAGUGGACUUAAACAUUCAUACGCCGCAGAGCGGAGCGGAACUUUCUGGACAAAACACAGCGAAGUCACGGGAGUCUUUGUGCCCGGACUGACGCGCUGAGCCGCGGGCCCCAAAUCACACUGACGUCCCGCUGGAGCGGAGUUGCGGGCUAAGCUAGCUGACGGACCGAUCAUUUACUUUUGCUGGGACCAAAGCCAAGUGUUUCACGGAGUAACAGCUGAGUGAUAGCAGUUAAUGUCGUGCAGUCGUGGCGUUUUGUUCCGAGUCUUUACGUAAAUAAUCACUGGUUUAUUACGUGUCUUCGUCAGUGAUUACAGCUAAGCUAAAAGGCUAAGCUAGCUGAGUGACAGCGCUAGCUUGUUGUUUCCUCUGCUGAGUAAAGAAAAGACACAACAUUUUCCAGGUUUGGUGUUUGUUUAAGCUGAUUACUGUCAACAUUAGUGUGUUCUUGUCUAAUUAGCUGUGUUCGUGUCACGUAUCACCCACUUUAUUAUUAAUAUCCUAUCAAAAAAACACGGAUAUUGGCCUGUUUCAUCCUGUUAGAAAAUAGUUUGUUUUUUUCAUCUUAAUUGUAUAUGAAUUAUUUACUAUUAUAUACUGUAUAUAUGUCUUACCUCUGGUUCUGGUUAUAUCACUUAAAAGUGGUGAGUUAUCAGCAAGAAAGACUUACAGGUUUGUCUAGUUAUGUAGUUAAGUAUUAAUUGGUUAUUAAUAAACUGCUAAAUUAAUCAGCAGCUUUUUGGAUCAUCGACUAAUCAUUUAGUGAUUUGAUUAGUUUUUGUAAGAAAGAAAUGAAGUUGUGUGAUUUUAGCUGCUUCUUUGCUGCAAGUAAACAGUGUUUUCGUCAUUAUCAUUUUCAGGUUUGGAAAAGUGAAGAACAUUUGUUUGACAUUUUAUGGACCAAAUAAUAAUUCCAUUAACUGUGAAGACACUAGUUUGACCAAACAAACGUAGUACAAACACAUUUGAUUUCUUUGUCUCUUCAGAGCCACACUCUUUGCAUCCAUGUUAUUAUUCAGACGGGACUUUUGCGUGAGACGGUUCUGUGGUUUUAGCCUGAAAAUUACUGUCACACACAGUAGAAGAGUUUGGAGGAGUUAAAGGAAAACAAAACAAAGGACUUUAAACUGUGAGUUCACCCUCCUGUUCAGCUCAAGUUCAUGGAAUAACAGACAAACAGAAAUCAUCAUCUGUUGUGGGUUAAGGAAGAAGAAGAAAAAGAAGAAGAGUGUGUGAAGGUUGGUUGAACAUCCUGUUGUCAAGGGAGGGAGUUGUGGGUCGCUCGUCUUCAGCCUCCAUUGGAGCCUGGGCUCAGAUGUGAGACGUCAUGGGCAGCCAGGGAAGCCCGGUGAAAAGCUACGACUACCUGCUCAAGUUCCUCCUGGUUGGUGACAGUGAUGUGGGCAAGGGAGAGAUCCUGGACAGCUUACAGGACGGAUCAGCGGAGUCCCCGUACGCGUACAGCAGUGGCAUCGACUAUAAAACCACCACCAUCCUCUUGGACGGGAGACGAGUGAAGCUGGAGCUGUGGGACACGUCGGGACAAGGCAGGUUCUGCACCAUCUUUCGCUCUUAUUCCCGCGGAGCUCAGGGAAUCCUGCUUGUGUAUGACAUCACCAACAAGUGGUCGUUUGACGGCAUCGUCCGGUGGAUCAGAGAGAUCGAUGAGCAUGCUCCGGGCGUUCCUCGCAUCCUCGUAGGCAACAGGCUACAUCUGGCCUUCAAGCGUCAGGUCCCCACAGAGCAGGCCAGGGCGUACGCCGAGAAGAACGGCAUGACGUUCUUCGAGGUGAGCCCUCUGUGCAACUUCAACGUCAUCGAGUCCUUCACAGAGCUGUCGCGAAUCGUCCUGAUGAGGCACGGCAUGGAGAAGUUCUGGAGGCCUAACAGAGUCUUCAGCCUCCAGGAUCUCUGCUGCAGAGCCAUUGUGUCGUGCACUCCGGUCCACCUCAUUGACAAGCUCCCGCUGCCGGUCGCCAUCAAGUCCCACCUCAAAUCUUUCUCCAUGGCCAACGGCAUGAAUGCCGUCAUGAUGCAUGGACGCUCUUACUCUCUGGCCAACCCGGCCGGCGGAUCCAAAGGCAACAGUCUGAAGCGCUCCAAGUCCAUCCGUCCCCCACAGAGUCCCCCGCAGAACUGCACCCGCAGCAACUGUAAGAUCUCCUAAUGACCGGCGUCCUGGAGGAGACCGCGAGCGAGCCGGUGAGUGUGUGGUGUCAGGACACGGGCGGUCAGGAUGUCGUUACUUGGACCAAAAGAGAACUAUGAAGGUCUGAGGAGCAGAAAGGAUGCGUGUAAAGGGAUGAAUGAGACCUUCCUCCCUCUGUUGUGAGUUAAUUUGAAGAGUAGGAAGUACUGUGCGGGUGUGGGAAAGACGCCUAAGGAUAUCAGAGAACAUCCACAGACACCCAAUUUCACACUAUAUCCAACUGCUCGAGUGAGAGAAGAGGCUCCAGAGUGACCCCUGCCUGCUGGAGUGUUCACUACAUGUACAGAAAUUGCUCACCUGAUUAGUUACUCACGUAAAUCACGUCACUUGUGUCACCUCGACAUCACUUCUUCACUUCAAAGUGCAGGUGAAGCACUGAACAGCACGACUGUGGUUUAUUUCAUUUUUGUCUUUGCUAAAAACGUCACUGUCAAACUCCAUAUGAAUCCCGCGGCGUCUGCUACAUUAGCAUCUGGCAGCUACAGUAUCGGCUAACAGCAGACAAAGAUGCUACAGUGUCUUUCAGCAGUGCUGUCUCCUCUGUUCAAUAUUGACAUUUGACACAUUUGCUC